AUGGAUAAUUUUCCACCUCCGAUUUCUUCAUCUUCCGAUGAUAACGAUUUUGAUGAAGAUUUGAUUUUGUAUACACUGUUAUCCGCGGCACGAGAUGUGGUACGUGAGAGGGCCGAAAGUUCAAACGUCGAGAAGAAGCAUAGAAAAUGGAUCAACCGGGAUCGAGAGGCGGCACAUGAACUUUUGGUACGUGAUUAUUUUGCCGUUGAUAGUUUAUAUGAUCUAUCAAAAUUCGAAGAACGUUUUCGUAUUAAUAUAAAUUUAUUUUUACGUAUAGCUAGAGAUUUGGCACGUAAUUAUGAAUUUUUUCAAUUACGAUGGGAUGCUAGAGGUAAACGCGGUUUUACUACAAUACAAAAAUGUACGACCACUCUUAGACAACUGGCAUACGACAUCGCCGCAGACGCAUCAGAUGAGUAUUUGAAAAUGUCUGAAAGGACGGGUCGAGAGUGGAUGCUUGACAACAUUGAUUGUACACAUUGGGAGUGGGAAAAUUGUCCCAACGCGUGGCGUGACCAGUUCACGCGAGGUGAUCAUGGGGUGCCGACUGUUAUUUUGGAGGCGGUGGUUUCAAAUGACCUAUGGUUUUGGCAUGCAUUCUUUGGUAUGGUCGACUCAAACAAUGACUUGAAUGUGCUCCAAGCAUCUCCGAUAUUUAACGAUAUUUUACAGGGUAAAGCACCAGAAAUGUCAUAUGUUGUCAAUGGAAAUGAAUACAAAUAUGAGUAUUACAUAGGUGAUGAGAUAUAUCCAGAAUACACUAUAUUUGUCAAGUCAUACACAUUUCCGGCCGACGAUAAACGGAAAAUGUUCAAGUUAGCACAAGAAUCUGCAAGGAAGGAUGUAGAAUGGGCGUUUGGAGUCCUCAAACAAAAGUGGCACAUAAUCAAACAUCUGGCACGAACAUGGGAUAGAGAAAAAUUGAGUACGGUGUUGACUGUUUGUUUUAUUUUACAUAACAUGAUAAUAGAAGAAGAGGGUAAGGCUAUUUGCUCAUAUACCACAAACGAGAUACUUAACCCAUCUGCAGUAAUACAAGUUGGGCAAAAUGACGGUAAAGACGACGAUGGUGACGAUGAGGAUGAUGAUGAUGGUGGCGACGAGGCGGAUGAUAUCGGUGACGACAACGGCGACGAUUAG